GCUUCAAGUUCAUCACCGUUUUCUUCUAGUAUUGUACCAUCUAGUUUAUCACAAUACUACUACGGGAGGAGUGCGUCAUCAGCGACAUCAGAAUUUUCCUACAGGUAUUAUCUUUCAAGUUCAUCACAAUAUGUUUGGAUGACUGUUCCAUCAACUUCAUCCAUAUAUACCCCUAGCAGGGUUUCCAGUCUGUUUUCAAGCAGCGCACUUGCUAUUACUUCCAAUUUUCCUUCAACCGUCACACUAUAUUCUACUAUGCUGGUAAGCAGUUCUGCAUAUAGUCCUUUUACUGUGUCUGCAAGCAGCACAUCAAACCUUGCUUCUAUGACAAUUUUACCAAAAAAUAGCUUUUCUACUAUGUCAACCCAAAACAAUUCACCGUACACUCUCUCUGAAAUAACACCUACCAACACACCAGGAGACACAAUGACUUCAAACAUUUCUCCAAGUAGCUACUUCCUUUCAAGUUCUUCAGCUAUGUCAACCAUCAGCACGCCAUCUAGUGCCUCUUUUCAGACAGAAGGCAAAAUAUCACACAGUUCUCCUAUUGUUUCUUUAAGCAACAGCGACUUUGCAGUUACUUCAAGUGAAAUAUUACAUGUUUCUGUUACUUCGACAAUUGUCACGCAAAAAAGUGCGUCUAAAGUAUCCUCGGGAACAUUAUCACUCAGUUCCAAAGUAUCGUAUUCAAGCAGCUCGUCGUAUAGUUCCACUGCAUUGACCGCAAAUGGCAGCACACGACACAUUGUUCCAGCAGUGAAUUCAACAAUAAUGCCACAUACCUCAACUGUGCAUCAGUCAAGCAACAUCUCCACCCUCUCAAGUCAAAGUGAAAUCUACUUUAUUUCAUCUUCAGCUACUGCAAGAUAUACUCCAGCUGUCUUGCCAACAAACACCGUUUAUUUGGUUUCUUCCAACAGCAGUAUUGCCAAUUUUUCAUCGUCGUCAGAAAAAGGUACAACUUUCAGCGAUAUAGCGGGGUCAGCUAGCAUUACUCAAUACCGUUUAACUACGCUGUCAUCUAUUCAUUCAAAUCCAUCAAAAUAUUCUAUAUUUCCCACACAUUCAUCAUUCGCACAAUAUUCCUUGAGGAACACGCCUUCAUUUUAUUCAAACUCCAUUUCUCCAAGUACAUUAGAAUAUUCAACAAAUACAGUGUCUUCAUUAACAAACUCCUACAGCAAAAUGUCUUCAAUUGUUUCCAUAUAUUCUCCAGUUAUUAAGCUUUCAAACGCAUCACAACAUUUCUUAAAAAGCAUAAGUACAAGUUCUUCACAAUAUUCAUUGAGCAGCAUAAUUUUAGACUCAUCUUACAUUAUACCAUCACCAUUUUCCAUAACCACCGUCUCUUCAGAUUUGCCAUUGUCUUCUUCAAGUAGUGCGUUUUCAAGUUCAUUAGAUUUUUCCAACGCCCAACUGCCAAGUAGCGUCUCAGCAACGCUAUCAACAUACCUUUCGACAAGUAUACGAACUUUGGAUUUAUCAGCACGUUCAUCAACUAUCAUAAAUACAAACGCCUUACAACAGUCAAGCAACUUGCUUUCAGGAAUAUCAAAAUAUUUUUCCAGCGUAUUAACCUCAAGUUCUACAGAGUACCCGUACAGCACUAAACAUUCGAAUUCCCUGAACUUUUCAUCAAAUACACUACCAGGGUUCAUAAUAAGUAUCCCCUCAAGCGCAACUCCAAGCACUUUACCUUCAAGUUUAUCACAGCAGUAUAUGAGUACCAUUCUUUCAAUUUCGUUAAGAAAUACUCCAAGCAACGCCUUGUCAGAAAUAAGUAGUAUCCUAUCAAGAUCAUCUGUGUAUUCUAUAUAUUCCGCACCUUCAAGAAGUAUACCUUUAAGUUCACCUGAAGGUUAUACUACCACCAUACCUGUUUUAAGUUCGUUGGGUUAUUUGUCAAACAUCGUAUCUUCGAAUUUCUAUGUUACGAGAACCACCUCCUCGAGCUCAUUUGUAUACCCAACGAAGCCCAACACGUCUCAAAGUUCAUCAGAACAUCGUGGGAUCGUCACACCUUCAAGUUCAUUAGAAUAUUCUUCAAACAGUUUGCCUUCAGAUUUCUCGGCAUAUUUAACAAGUAACACUCCUUCCAGCUCAUUUGUACCUUCUACAAAUGCCAUGCCUCCAAGUCCAUCACAAUAUUAUGUAAGCGUCACCCCUUCAAGUUGGUUAGAACAUUCUUCAAGCAGUGCACAAUCAGAUUUCUCGGCUUAUUUAUCAAGUACCACUUCUUCAAGCUCAUUUGUAUCUUCCACAAAUGCCCUGUUUCGAAGUCGAUCAAAAUAUAACGUAAGCGUCACACCUUCGAGCUUGUUAGAACGUUCCUCAAGCAGUGUACAAUCAAAUUUCUCGACUUACUUAUCAAGUACCACUCUUACGAGCUCAUUUGUAUCUUUCACAAAUGUCUUAUCUCCAAGUCCAUCACAAUGUUAUGUGAGCGCUACAUCUUCAAGUUCGUUAGAACGUUCUUCAAGCAGUCUACAAUCAGAUUUCUCGGCUUAUUUAUCAAGUAUUAAUCCUUCAAGCUCACUUGUAUAUUCUACAAAUGCCCUUUCUCGAAGUCGAUCAAAAUAUAAGGUAAGCGUCACACCUUCGAGCUCGUUAGAACGUUCCUCAAGCAGUGCACAAUCAAAUUUCUCGGCUUAUUUAUCAAGUAUUAAUCCUUCAAGCUCACUUGUAUAUUCUACAAAUGCCCUUUCUCGAAGUCGAUCAAAAUAUAAGGUAAGCGUCACACCUUCGAGCUCGUUAGAACAUUCCUCAAGCAGUGUACAAUCAGAUUUCUCGGCAUAUUUAUCAAGUAUUAUUCCUUCAAGCUCAUUUGUAUCUUCCACGAAUGGAUUGUCUCCAAGUCCAUCACAAUAUCAUGCAAGUGUCACACCUUCAAGUUCGUUUGAACAUUCUUCAAGCAGUCUACAAUCAGAUUUCUCGACCUACUUAUCAAGUACCACUCUUACGAGCUCAUUUGUAUCUUCCACGAAUGGAUUGCCUCCAAGUCCAUCACAAUAUUAUGUGAGCGCCACACCUUCAAGUUCGUUAGAACAUUCCUCAAGCAGUCUAAGAUCGGAUUUCUCGUCUUCUUUAACAAGUAGCAUCAACUCAAGUUCAUAUGAAUCUUCUACAAAUGCUCUUUCUCGAAGUUCAUCGCAAUAUUUUGCGAGCGUCACAGAACAUUCCUCAAGCAGUUUCCAGUCAGAUUUUUCAUCUUAUUUAACGAGUACCAUCCUUUCAAGCUCAUCUUUAUCUUCCACAAAUGCCCUGCUUCCAAGUCCACCACAACAUUAUACGAGCAUCACACCUUCAAGUUCGUUAGAACAUUCUUCAAGCAGUCUACAAGCAGAUUUCUCGACCUACUUAUCAAGUACCACUCUUACGAGCUCAUUUAUAUCUUCCACAUAUGGAUUGUCUCCAAGUCCAUCACAACAUUAUACGAGCGUCACCCCUUCAAGUUGGUUAGAACAUUCUUCAAGCAGUCUACAAGCAGAUUUCUCGACCUACUUAUCAAGUACCACUCUUACGAGCUCAUUUGAAUUUUCCACGAAUGGAUUGUCUCUAAGUCCAUCACAAUAUUAUGUGAGCGCCACACCUUCAAGUUCGUUAGAACAUUCCUCAAGCAGUCUACGAUCGGAUUUCUCGUCUUCUUUAACAAGUAGCAUCCCCUCAAGUUCAUAUGAAUCUUCUACAAAUGCUCUUUCUCGAAAUCUAUCACAAUAUUUUGCGAGCGUCACGGAACAUUCCUCAAGCAGUUUCCAGUCAGAUUUUUCAUCUUAUUUAACAAGUAGCAUCCACUCAAUUUCACCUGUAUCUGCAAAAAAUGCCACGCCUCUAAGUCCAUCAAAACAUUUUGCGAUUGUUACACCUUUGUUAGAACAUUCCUCGAGCAGUUUCCGGUCAGAUUUCGCAUCUUAUUUAACAAGUAUCACUCGUUCAAGUUCAUCUGCAUCCUCCAAGGAGACCAUAUCUUCAAGACUUCCAGAGUAUUCAAUAACCAAGAUAGCUUCAAGUUUACCAGAGUACUCUCCAACUUUAAUCAAAACACCUCCAGGUUCACGUGAAAUUGAUUCGUCAUCUAUCGUUAUAACAUCUUCUGUAUCUUACACUAACGACAGUGAUCUUCAAACAUCGCAUUCAAGCACUACAACUCCCGUUAGUAACAACAUCCAGUCAUCAAUAACCAGCCAUUCCAGUUCACGUACUCUACUUAUAAAUCCCUUGUCCUCAACGACGAACACGCAUACGUCUGGUUUACACAUUUCCCCAUCCACUGCAAGUGCAUUGCAAGUUUCCAUUUCUUUCUUCGUAAAUGCAAGCGUUUCUCUGAACUCAACGACACACAACACAAAUAGCACAAAGAAUAGCACAACAGAGUAUCGUCCAACAUCUCCUUGGUCUGAAUGGAGUUCUUGUGACAAAAGUUGUGGGGGAGGCGCACGGCAUCGUUUUCGUUAUUGCUCUAAACAACUUAGCAGUGGAAUCAGUUGUCAUCCCACUGAAAGUGAGGGAUGUAACUUUCAGCAAUGUCCAAUAAAUGGUGGUUGGACACUAUGGAGUACUUGGCAGAAAUGCAACAAACCAUGUGGAGAUGGAUUGCAGUUUAGAAAGCGAAUUUGUUCUAACCCGGAGCCACAGUAUGGUGGUGCAAGUUGCGUAGGAAAAGGUGAAGAAUCAAGGCCAUGCGAAGGAAAUGCUCCAUGUCCAAAGGUCAUGACAAUGUACGUAAUCAGAUUACUGGAUGAAACAUGGAAUGAUGCACUAACCAGUCUCAGCUCUCCUGAAAGCAAAAAUCUGAUCCAAAAGUUAAGAUCGAAUGUUAAUAAGUAUUACGAUGGCGAAAAUGUGAUGGCUGAUUUUGUUGUUAUCCAGUUCAGGCCAGGAAGCGUAAUAGCUACUUUUAACAUCACAUACGAAUUCGUGGACUCGUUACAAAUUCUGAAAGUGCAAGAGGAUUUGACAUCCGGAAAACUAAACAAUUUGAAUGCGCAGCUUAUGGACAUAAUACCAAUAAUCGUUCCCAGUCAGGCCCCAAACAUCACCUACGCUAAUCACAUAAGCUCAACGGGGAUUAGAAUCCAAUGGACAGCGGUGGCUGCAGAGUUCCUCGGUGGCGCCCCUCUCGCUGGCUACGUUAUAUUUUACAAGGAAACCAGUUUGAAAUUUGAGCAAAAUAGGCAGAAAAAGGUUCCUCCAGGCGUAACCCAGGCAGAAAUCAAUGGAUUGAAGAAGUUUUUUUCUUACACGAUGAGAGUUUUGGCUUAUACUGCAAAUGGUAAUGGAAUAGCAAGUGAUCCUGUUGUGAUCUCUACUGAUGAAGACAGGCCAAGCCUUGAGCCUCAAAAUGUCCUUGCCAAGCCGCAAUCAUCUACAUCAAUAACAGUCACUUGGGAUCACAUACCAGAAGAUAUGAUCCACGGUAUUCUACAGGGUUACACUAUCUUCUAUAGAGCAAUAGACGAAACCUCUUUUAGUGAGAUGAAUGUUGGCGCAACUGAUAUCUACGCUCGAGUUCCAGACCUUCGCAAGUACACGUUCUACUUGGUGUCGAUCUGUGGCAGGACGUCUAAAGGUUGUGGCGUUAGAAGCCAAACUGUCAUGGUCCGAACGUUAGACGAUGCUCCUUCCUUACCACCAGCAAAUGCUUUCGUUCAAAAUCUCACGUCAACCACCGAGCUGCAGAUUAGCUGGGGCCAAGUACCACGUGGUCACGUUAAUGGGGACCUGAUUGGCUACGUACUCAAGUAUAAGCUCUUAGUAUGGAUGGAUGAGGACAUGUACUACGAAGAAGAGAGAGAAAGAAUAUUUGGACCAAAUGAUUAUUCUACUACACUAAACCAAUUAAAUGUUGACGGAAUCUAUAGACUGGGCAUUGCAGCUUUCACAAGGAUAGGAAGGGGACCAUUUGCUUAUGUUUAUGGAAAGACUUGCAGAUGUCCUAAAGUCUUAUACACAAACUACUGGAACUAUCAACCGUAUACAAGAAAGCUCUCUAGUGGAGCGAUUGGAGGGCUCUUCCCUGAAAUUGUCUUCAAAAUGACUGAAUGGGCUUGCGGCGUGUGUACCAAUGGUCAUGGGAAGACUAUGAUCAAUACACUAGCAAACGGCAAAGGACGUGCCUCAUUCAAAUCUAGCAAUAUUGAUCUGUUAAAUGAUAUCGACGAUGUUCCUGAAAUCAGCUUUCCAGUCCAUGGGACUAAGUACAUGAGUAAAUAUGGAGGUUCCUACAAAUACGUACACUUGAUCGAUUCACCUGGGAUAGCUUUUAUCACGGUGGCCGAGCCACCAGAUUCCUCUUCAUUGGCUGUUAUGCAGUCUAUAUUUGAUUGCUUUCCUCUUCUCCUCAUUGCUUUGUCUAUGGCAUUUAUGGCAGGGGUCGUCAUAUGGAUUCUGGAAUCAAGAGAUAAUCCCGAGCAGUUUCCGACUAGUUUUGUUAAGGGAGUAGGUGAAGGAUUUUGGUGGUCAUUCAUUACUAUGACAACCUUAGGAUAUGGUGAUCGAGCUCCUGUUACCAUCCUUGGUCGUCUCUUUGGAAUAUUUUGGACUUUAGCUGGCUUAGUGGUUUUGUCUGUUGUGGUUGGUGCAAUCAGCUCUUCCCUAGCAACCGUCUCCAUGGAUACCAAUGUACCACUCUACGGAACUAAAAUCGCCGCUUUUCAAAAUUCUUCUGAGCACCAGUACGGCGUUCUGAAAAACUCCAAAAUGAAUACAGAGCAACAGUACGAAAGCAUCGAGGCAAUUCAAAAAGCAUUGGUUGACCGAGAAGUAAAAGGCGCUCUUAUCGAUACGUAUGUGGCAGCCGAGAACAAGGAUGUAUUGUUCAGUGAUGAAGACAUCACAGUGAGUAAACUGAUUGACUCCUCGUUCGGAUACGGUGUCGUUCUUUCCGGAGCUGGUGUCUUCAUCGAGAAUCGCUGUCGCGAUUACUACAAAAAAAAUCGCAAAGAAAUCUUUGACUUGGUCCAAUCAAACACCGACGAAAUUGAGGCCCCAGCAGUGCCCGGAUCAGUACAGAAAAGUUCAGGCUUAUUCAAUCCGAAUUCUCCAUUAAUAAAAAUGUCCUGGUUGGGGACGUCUUGUGGCUUGAUACUUGGUAUACUGGCAGGCCUUUAUUGGCACUAUGCAGUGUACAAGAAACAAAUUAAAGAGCUCGAAAAUAAAUUGGAAGUUAACAAAGAAGAGAUUGAAAAAAAUCUACAGUACAAAGCAAUCGUAAUUAAAGAGUUGACUACAAUGCUGGAAGACUUCCACUCCAAGAUGAACAGUCUUGAAAAACAAAGAAAAUUACACAAACAGAAGUGUCAAUUGUGUUCUAAAGAAAAUGAUGUUGCAUCUUUUUGUAGUCUGAACACUACAAGCUCACACUAUUACUGUUAAGAUAUUUAAAACACAUUUUGAACAUACUUACUGUAACUGGGUAAAAUAUUAUUACUAUAUUAUUAUAUUAAUAUUUAUGGCAUAUCGAACAUGGGAAGUUCGAUCUUAAAUAAAUAAAUAAAUAAAUCACUUUA